GCAACCCAACUCUCAACCCAAGUCCUGACCAUGGCCUGCUGCUCCACUAGCUUCUGUGGAUUUCCCACCUGCACCACCAGUGGGAACUGUGGCUCCAGCUGCUGCCAACCCAGCUGUUGCCAGACCAGCUGCUGCCAGCCCAGCUGUUGCCAGACCAGCUGCUGCCAGCCCAGCUGUUGCCAGACCAGCUCCUGUCAGCCAACCUGCUGCCAGACCAGCUCCUGCCAGCCCAGCUGCUGUGGAACCAGCUGUGGCACUGGUGGUGGCCAGGAGGGUGGCUGCGGAGCUGUGAGCUGCCGAGUCAGGUGGUGCCGCCCUGACUGCCGCGUGGAGGACACCUGCCUGCCCCCCUGCUGCGUGGUGAGCUGCACGCCCCCAACCUGCUGCCAGCUGCACCAUGCCCAGGCCCCCUGCUGCCGCCCAUCCUACUGUGGACAGUCCUGCUGCCGCCCAGCCUGCUGCUGUUACUGCUGCCAGCCCAGCUGCUGCCAGCCCAGCUGCUGCCAGCCCACCUGCUAAAAGCAAGCCUGCUAAUUUCUGAUUUGAAGCUUCAACCUCCAAAUCAAUUCAUGAACUAAUUAUCUCUUCUACCACCCAUGGAUGACUAACAAAUUCUUGAAUUUUUAUUUGGUUUUUGUUGUGGGGGAUACCAAAUAUUUGGGCCUCACAGACCUAUCUAAUUCCAUUCAAUUCCAGAAAGACCUUGAUCACCGCAAUGACGUUGCCAAAAUACGAAUUUAACUCAAGAAAUUGCUUCAACACACAUUUGAAUCUACUCUGUGACUCAGUGUCACCGAUGCCACAGAAGAAUCAUCUGUCCUAUAUUUACCUCCUAUACUCCACCUUUCUGCAAACUGCACUUUUUAUGAAAGGGGAAUAAUAUACCAACGCCUAUUAA